AAAAAACCUUCUGUAACCUCUGCUAUGCUGUGUGUAGUGGCUUAUCUGACCGGGAACUAAAGUGUAUUAGCUUUAAAGAUCGUGUUAAUUUUCAAAAAGCCACCCUCGAAGGGUGCGAUUGUGUUUCUUCUCCCAUUAUGGAUUUAAAGUGCGCAAUGGCUCUAAAUGAACCGAGGAGAAACACAAGAAGGAUACGGGAGUAUUUCAACUAGGAUGCCGGUAUCUGCGCUCAAUACUGGACUGAUUGGGAAUUUCAGUGGAAGUGUUCAAGGAAAAAAGGCUUCCUGUAACUGCGUACACUGAUAAAUGGAGUAACGGAGAAGAGGGAGGGGGCGCAGAAAACUUAUAACGGCGCUCAAGUGAUGGCCAGUAACUCCAGUGGCCUUUACUCCUCGGUGAUGCAAAUAAUGUGUCCUAUUUUCAUCCCAGGCACGGCGGAGUAACCCACGAGGGACAGGUGACCGCGUCCGCGAGACAGAAUAAAAAGUGAGCUUCACGUCAAGGAGACUUAUCUGAGACUUCGGCGCGGACGCACGCUGGAGUGGGAGCACAGGAUCUUCGAGCUCUCUGACUACUUUUGCUGUUCAGAGGAUGGUCAAAGAUUCUCAGCGGGCACUCAUCUCUUUUUCUGAAGUUUUGAUUUAUUCUACAUAAGAGCAGAAAUCAAGAGGAUAUCAUUUGAACCGAGCAGAAGACGGGAGUACAGUUGCGCACGGUUCUUUCUAUUCCAUGUCAUCCUAGUUGGACGCACGGGACCGGGACGUGAUCAUAGAAUAUUGAGAAAGGCGACAGAGAUUUUUAAAAAAAAAAAAAAAGGUGUCCGGGUCAACUUUCCCCCAGAGCUGUUGGAGGAAGACGUCUUUUUUCACGCACUCCGUGGGAGCUAUGAUCGGCCUGCGCAGGCACUUCAGCAUGGGACUGGUGCUACUCAUGUGCACGCUGACCGGACACUGCAGCGAGAGCGCGCCCUCGGUGGCUCCGUCGGCGUCGACGGCAGCCGGCAAGGACACACCGCAGGACUUGAAGCGUAUGGUAGAGAUUGUGAAGCACGUGGAGGAGAGCCGGGGCAAAACGGAAGCAGCGGUAACGUCAGGGGCGAGGAUUUCUCCGGUGGAGCCGAGGGAUUUACACAGCAUGAAAACGGACAGAGGGGAUCAAGUAGUCGUUGUAUACCCAAGAGAUCUCAGGAAAAAGGAGAGAUUGCUAAAACAUAUAACAGGUCCGCUUUACUUCAGUCCAAAGUGCAGGAAGCAUGUGUACAGGCUCUACCACCACACCAGAGACUGCACCAUACCUGCGUUCUUCAGAAGAUGUGCGCGGCUUCUCACAAGACUCGCCGGCAGCCCCCAGUGCACGGAGGGGUAGCACACACAAGGAGGAAGCCUAAUUCGUGUUCUCAAGAAGGAAAAACUUGUGAAAAAAAGUGCCUUGGACAGUAAGAGGGAAGCCUUAAAUACUCUGAGCAGCCCCGGCUAUGGCAAGCACAGUUUUGCCCUGCAGUGCGGCCUGUUUUGCUGAGGCGUGGAUCUCUGCCAUCCCUUUGUUCUGGCUGGGCCCUGAUGGUCGGCUUUCACCAUGAGGAAGAACCAGAACAAGAAAUCGAUGGCAGCAGUGAAUGGUGGAGAACGAACUGGCUGAAAAAGACACCCAUGGGGCCUUUUUUUCCAUGCUGCCAUCCAAAAACACAAAAGAAAAGGGAUUGCAUAUUUAAAUUUUGUUCAUUUCUUUAAGAAAAGAGCAAGAUCCAAAUGUAGCUGCUGUUUUUAGCAUGACUAGGAGGCCCAUCCCUUCUACUGCACUAACGCAGACAAAACGCUGUCACAGACCCCCGACUGGCAGUCACAGCGUACUUUUAUCCACUUGUGCUCACACUGAAAUAAACUGUUUCCAUUAUUGAUAACAAACAUUUCUCUGCGCUUUGGCAGAGACAUGUUCAAAAAGAAGAGGUGGUUGUAAGUCACAGCCCUCCUGUGGAUCUUUGUAGAGCGUGGUACAGUCUAUAUUUAUAUACUGGAGUUGUCACAGUUCCACUGUACAUAGUAUACGCUAUGACCACAUUAAACAAUAGAGGUAUGUAUAUACUGUAAAGCAAAGCAUAAGAGAAAUCCACCUGUCUACCUUAAAUUAAACCGACUGGCAUUUAUCAAAUGGCUGUUAAAUAUAUCUAUAUAUAAAUAAAUAUAUGAAAAUUAAAUAUAUUUAAAUAAAUUAUAAGAUUGGUACGAAUUUGAAUGGUCUUUUUUGUCUUUUGUAGAAUUCCUGCUGAUUUGUUUUCUCCCUGAAUCAGCACAUGAUCAUCUGAGUUCUUGAGCAACAGAUUUCAAAGUGUUAAAUGGGGGAGCUUAAAAAGAAUUAAGUCCUUUUCUUUUCAAAUGGUGGUUAGAGUUAAAUCAAACUUUCUGUUAUCAAGCUUUGAGUGGUCAAAUAUCUAGCCUAGGACAACUGUUCUUCUAAAAGGGUCUGCUGAAUAUAUUAGAAAACAACGCUAUUUAAUAUAAAAAAAAAAACGUGGCCUAUGCUGCAACACCAAACGGGUGAAUCCAUCUGCUUUGUAAGGUUACAUAACUGUAUUGCUACCUAUGGGUUGCGAAUCAUGAGUGUAUGAAUGUUGCAAUGCAUCCUUGGGGCCAUAUGCAGCCCUCCUUAUCACUCAAUGUGGCCAGUAGUCAAUUUCAAAUAUCAAGAAGUUAAAUAGAAGGAGGAAGGAAACGGGAUAUGAUCUACCAUGAAAACCUAAAAAGCAUAAACAUACAGUACUGUGCAGAAGUGUUAGGCAUGUUUGGGCCGAAAUUUGAGGUUGAAGUAAGGUGUUUAAUAGCGAGUACGCCCACAUGAGGGUCCCAUCGGCCG